AUGAUUUUUCUAGGAUGGCUUAACACCGGUAGUAUGAAUGAUGCACGAUAUCUACACACCGCAUCUGUAUUAACAAAUGGAAAAGUAUUAGUAACUGGUGGACAGAAUGAUAAUCCUGCUCUAAAUAGUGCUGAGUUGUAUGAUCCAUCAACAAAAACUUGGUCAAUGACAGGCAGUAUGAAUAAUGCACGAAGAUGGCAUACAGCAUCUGUAUUAAUAAAUGGAAAAGUAUUAGUUACCGGUGGAUAUGAUGGUACUUCUCGUCUAGAUAGUGCUGAGUUGUAUGAUCCAUCAACAGGAACUUGGACAAUGACAAGUAAAAUGAAUAGUGCACGAGAAGCACAUACAGCAUCUUUAUUAGCAAAUGGUAAAGUCUUAGUUACUGGUGGAUAUAGUGGCAGUUCUGUUCUAAAUACUGCUGAUUUGUAUGAUUUAUCGACAGGAACUUGGACAACGACUGAUAGUCUGAAUGAUACACGAUAUCAACACACAGCAUCUGUAUUAAAAAAUGGAAAAGUAUUAGUUACCGGUGGACAUGAUGGUAGUUCUCGUUUAAAUAGUGCUGAGUUAUAUGAUCCAUUAACAGAGACUUGGGCAACGACUGGUAAUAUGAAUGAGACACGAAAUUCACACACAGCUUCCGUAUUAAUCAAUGGGAAUGUGUUAGUUACCGGUGGAGUUGGUAUUUCUUUUCUAAAUAGUGCUGAAUUAUAUGACCCAUCAACUGAAACUUGGACAACAAGUGGCAGUAUGAAUGAUACACGAUUUUUACAUACAGCAUCCGUAUUAACAAAUGGAAAAGUUUUAGUUACUGGUGGGCAAAGUUCUGGUGAUUAUUUAAAUAGUGUUGAGUUGUAUGAUACAUCAACAGAAAUUUGGACAACGAUUGUUAGUAUGAAUUAUGCACGAUAUGUACACACAGCAUCCAUAUUAACAAAUGGACAUGUAUUAGUUUCGGGUGGAUUUUCGGGUAUUGCUAUAAAUAGUUCUGAAUUGUAUUAA